UGGGAAUUUUGGAUCUGGAGGGAAAAGCAGGUUGGGAAAGGCAGCUGGUUCGGUGGAGCUGCUUCUCUUAGGCCAGUGUUUCUUAAAGUGUGGUCCUAGGAUCCCUGAGGGUCCCCCAAGAUCCUUUCAAGGGUGCGCGAAAUCGAAAUUAUUUGCCAGUCUGUGUUGAAAAACUACCAUAUUAAAAUCCCAUCAAACAAUUGUGAGAAGCAGUAGCGGCAGUGAAUGCGUCAAUUUUAAUUUUUAAUAUGUAUGGCAGAUUUAUGGAUGACCUAAGGAUCUAUGUAAAAGGUGGAACUGGCGGAAUGGGCCAUGCUCGUUUAGGUGGGGUUGGAGGAAAAGGUGGCGAUGUCUGGUUGGUAGCAAAUGAAAAAAUGACCUUGAAGAAAAUGAAAGAUAAAUAUCCAAAGAAGCGGUUUGUGGCACAAGCAGGAGUCAACAGUAGUAUUGCUGCACUGAAAGGAAAUAAAGGAGAAGACUGUGAAGUAAAUGUGCCUCCAGGAAUAUCUGUUAUUACAGAUGAUGGGAAACAGCUUGGUGAACUUAACAAAGUAGGAGAAAGAUUGUUGGUAGCACAAGGAGGUAUUGGUGGAUGUCCAGUAACAAAUUUCUUCCCCACCAAAGGUCAAGUUCACACAAUACAUCUUGAUCUAAAACUUAUUGCAGAUGUUGGCCUAAUUGGAUUUCCAAAUGCAGGAAAGUCCUCUUUGUUAACUAAGAUCUCUCAUGCCAAACCUCAAAUUGCAGAUUAUGCUUUCACAACACUAUCUCCUGAACUUGGAACUGUGAUGUAUCCUGAUCACAAGCAGAUAACAGUUGCUGAUCUUCCAGGAUUGAUAGAAGGUGCUCAUGCAAAUAAAGGAAGAGGUCAUAAGUUUUUGAAGCAUGUGGAAAGGACUAAACAACUUAUCUUUGUUAUUGAUGCGUCUGGGUUCCAACUUUCUUCUCAAACGCCAUUCAGGACAGCAUUUGAAACUGUAAUGUUACUAGCAAAGGAGCUGGAACUGUAUAAAGAAGAACUUCAAACUAAAUCUGCAUUGCUUGCUGUGAAUAAAAUGGAUUUGCCUAAUGCAAAAGAAAAAUUGAACAAGUUAAUGGAACAACUGCAGAAACCUCAAAAUUAUUUACACUUGCUUCCGCAAAAGAUGAUUCCUGAAGUCACUGUCAAAUUUAAGGAGAUCAUUCCCAUAUCUGCACAUACUGGUGAAGGAAUUGAACAGCUUAUUAUGUGUUUAAGAAAAGUAAUAGAUCAGGAAGCUGAAGAAAAGAUUGAAAAUUAUCAAAGGGAACAACUCCAUGCAUUGCACCUCUCAGAAAUAUAGCACCAUUUAAGCCAAUAUACCAGUUUUGGUAGGACUCUGCUUGGAACUGAAUUUAUGCAAAUUUAUGAUCUGUUCUCUUUUUAAGCAUAAAUGUGUGUAUUUUGUUCUUGUAAAAUAGUAAAAACAUAUGCAGAUUUUAAAGUUA